AUGGUAAUGAGUAUUACUCCCAUCAUUAGCCCAGCAUCCAAGAAGUCGUCGGCAAAGAUAUCUACGGAGCUGCCAAAACUCAAUUCUACUACCCUGCGGUCGGCCACAGAGCCCGUGGCUGCUACCGCCACCGUGCGUAGCUGGCGACACGUAUCCGCGAUAGAGUCACCGGUCCAGCCAGCUGCGGCCCCUCAAGUUAUCAACACCGGGCUAUGGACGCCGCCGGCUCCAGCUCAACCCAAACCCGUUUCUUCGUCUAAGGGCCUUUGGGGGCCAUCUACGUGCACUCUGGCGGAGCGUUCAGCACCAAUUACGCUUUUUGACGAGCCGAUCAGCGCGCCUUCACCUGCUACGGGCCGGAAAUCCAAGACGGUCGAUCUGGAGGAAUUACCGGCGCUGGAGAGCUCGCGGCUUUGGAGCUUGGGGCCGGGCAACUUUGCCCAAGGAGGAUGA